CUCCUGGGAGGUGAUCUGCAGCUGAACAGCAUUUGGGCAUCCAAGAGGAGCAAUUGGAGAAUCAGUGUUUGAGUUUGGAUUAGUAUGGGUGACCAGGUGACUUUGGACCAGUGUCUCACCCUCAGCCAAACCCUACCUCACCGGGUUCUUGUUCUGGGGAUAAAAAGGGCAUGGAGAAGAGUCGUGUAAGCUGCUUUGGGUUCUUCACAAAAGGCAAAAAGGUGGGAUAUAUAUGCAGUGUUGUUGUCGUCGUCAUCCCUGGCAUCUGUCCCGUAGGGCUGAGAAAGUUCCCACUCUGAAAUCUUGGAGCAGAUGUGCAGCACCUGAGGUCUGGAAGCCAGAUCUAGCUUGUCUGCAUUCCAAUAUGGAGUUCCCCAGAAAGCCACGCUUGCUUUCCUUCCCUGCAGCCACUGAUUGUUGGGUGUCUUGGCUUUUGAGUCUUGGCUUUUGUGCUUCUAACAGGUUGAAAUAAUUUUCUUAAGACUUAGUCCCAGGUGGUAAAACCUUUAGUCUCAAACAUGCCAGUAAUUUGGACCUGCCUCUUUUUUCUUUGGCUCCCCCGUCCACUGGAAUGUGGCCCCUGAGAGCGUCCCUGAGAUGGAAUUUAGGCGCUGGUCCGAAAGAUUCCACAUCCCGGUUAUAGACCAUGCUAUGCCAAAGGACUGAAGAGUGAAGCCAAUGCAUGACAAAACAGGGCCCAUGCACAGCCUGGACAAAUUGGAGGCGUUGCACAAGGAAAAGAGCUUGGAUUCUCCCAAUGGCAGUCUGCAGCUGAGUGAUGCCGGAAAGGAUGAAGAGCUAAAGAAAGGCCAAAGAGAAGUCACGCCACCAAAUAAAUACAACUCCCAAUACCACAAGUUAUUCAAAGACAUUCCCACAGAAGAGAGUGUGCUUAAAGUCUGUUCCUGUGCCCUUCAGAGAGACAUUCUCAUCCAAGGCCGGCUCUACAUUUCUCCAAACUGGCUUUGUUUUUAUGCAAACCUUUUUGGCAAGGAUAUCAAGGUGGUUAUUCCUGUUGUGUCUGUCCAACUGAUAAAAAAGCACAAAACGGCCCGGCUCUUGCCAAAUGGACUAGCUAUUACUACCAACGCCAGCAGAAAGUACAUCUUUGUGUCCCUGAUCUCCAGAGACAGUGUGUAUGAUGUCUUGCGAAGAGUCUGCACCCAUCUGCAGGUUUCGAGCAAAAAGAGCCUAAGCUUGAAAGAAUUGACUGAAGAGCCCGAUGCGGUGUCACUGGAGGUGAUUGUCCCAGAAAUCAAAUGGAGGAAGGGCGCUUCAGCGUCGCUCUCACUGGCCCUCCCGGAUACGGGCUUCCAGUGCAUCCACCGGGCUUCCAUCAGCAGCCUCAGCACGAAGGAGAGCUCCUGCAACUCUGAGGAGCCGCUGGUAUCAGAAAGUGCAAUAAACACGGAGGAAGAGCUGGAGGUGGAGCAGAGCUGCAAAGCAGCAUUGAGACCCUCCGAUUAUCAGCUGCUGAAAAUCUUCAUUGUGCUGAUCUGUCUCCUUGUGGUGUCUUCCUCCUACCUGGCAUUCCGCAUCUUCCGCUUGGAACAACAGCUCUGGUCUUUGAAUCGGGACUAUCUCUCCCGGGUACCCCGAAGGUGACCAUGGCCCCAGGCGGGUCAGCGAUGGAGAAGACAGCACCUUCUGGAUCCUUGCCAUGUCCAAGUAGUUAAUAUGGCUGCCAUGAGGACAGAGCCAGUGGAUCCCUUCUACUUGAUCUCCCUCCAGGACAAGAGCUCUUCCUUUCCAGCCAUGGAACCUGGAAGGGCUCCUUCCAAGGCUGGGAUGCCCGGCCUGCUAGCUGUCCUGUAGACUCUGCAGAAGAUUCCUUUAGACUGCUGCUACACUUGUGAUUGUGGUUAAGCGUUAUCCCUGGACUAGGUGUGUUCGUGGCAGUAUCUCUAGCGCCAACCCUGCAGGGCCUUGUUGACCUCUGAAGACAUUCGGGCCAGUGGUUCUUGAGAGCUUCCAGGAAAAUUGGCGUUCAGUUUAUGACUUCUUCUGAAGCACCCUCCUUUUUUCAGAACUGCAGCAGCAUCUUGUGACUCUGCCUAAGAAAGACCAGAAAACUGUUGAGGCUGGUUUGCGGUCAUAUCCAAAUGGAUCUUUAGCAAGUUGUUCUAGCAGGACCCUCUGUUUACACGGGCAGUCCUUGCUGUCUGCUUUCCCUUAAUCCCGGCAUAAGCACCAGAAAGUCCUGGAUUUUUGCAGCAAUAAAGAACACAAAUGAAAUUAGACUGGCUAGUAAGGAAUAGUCUGCAGUGGAUGAGGUACCAGUCGGAAGCUGCCCCUUUUCUGCUUUGCCUGACCCUCUGCAUUCAGUGUCAUGAAAUAACCUCCCUUUAGACCAAUUUUCUUGCACUAACAGGAUUCCUGUUACCCAGGGAAUACCCUCCAAGCAACUCUGCGUCACUGCAAAACUGCAGGAGUUGCUGAAGUGAUGUUCAGUGGUAGGGUGACAGUGGGACCCCUGUGAGGUGCCAGGCAGGCCCUGAGCGCUCAGAAACCGUGACUGACUUGAAAACAAAUUCCUGAGGCAGGGGAAGGAGCAGGAGAGGUGCGAGACGAGACGUGAAGAGAACAUGUGUAGUCCUUUAAAGCACUUUACAUUGGCCUGCUCCAGUUAAUCAGGGACUCAGGAGCUUGGCACUGGGGGAGAAGACGGGAAACGGGUGAGGUGAGUUCUCAGGCUGCAUCCCUUUGCUUCAGGGAAGGGACCUGAUGCCCUGUGGUUGCACCAGCUCUUCCAGUCUGAAGCAGGUGGAAGCGAGCGAGCCGAGACCUGUACACGCAGCUUGGCAUGCUCCCAUCGCCCUGCAGCUCGGCAGCAGGAGAGUCUGCCAGUCAGCCCUGAAGAGAGAUGGCGGGAUGCGCGGGCUUGAGCUCCUCCUCCGCAUCGCCAGCCAUGGAAAUCUCGUGCCGCUGGUCCCGGCAGCCGGGGCUGCUUUGAAGGAGGAUGGCCUUGUGCUGUGACCCCCCGCCACUGCCAGUGCCUCUGCCGCCGCCGCCUUGGGCAUACGGCAGAGCAGGCCCAGGGUGGGAUUGCUGAGGCAGCACUUUCCUGGGAAGAUGGCCAUGCUAGAUAGAAGAAAACGAGGGUUGCCGUGUUCAGGAGCCACCCUGAACAUUUCGAGUCCGCCAGAAAACCUCCCAGGUGAAGUGAGGCAUACGAGCGAGCAGACGAGCUGUCCUCUGGCCUGCCUUGCACGCCCCUCUUGAAACUGGCCUCUUUCAGGAGCAGGGAGCUCUGUGCAUGCGGCUCCUCUUGGGCCGAGAGCUGGCUUUGAAAGAACAUUCCACUUGGGGGACUGGUCUGCCCCACGUGCCCAGCACAGCCCCCGCCCCCCGGUGCGUCGCAUUAAGAUUUGGAAGCACGUUGUUCUUCAGUGUGAUGUUGGCCUCAGGACUGGCCCUGCCACAGAGCAAGGCGAUGCUUGCGGGGGGGGGGGGGCAGGAUUCAGGGGAGCAGAUGAAGGCAGGAGUGGAUGUCUGAAUCAUGCAGGAGGCUGAGGAGCUUGGCCUCCGCUUUUCGGGGAGGGGGCAUUACUGAGACAGCAAGGUAUGAUUCCGGCUAGCAUCGGGCCAGUCAGGCCUGGCCGUCUGUCCUGUGCCAGCUGAGAGGGCAUCCUGGCCUAUACCCUGAUACUCUCUGUUCCUGCACCUUGCAGGGAAAAGCGCGAGUGGAGAGCAGCAAGUUUUUCUGCUGCUCUGAGAAGGUCCCCCCAGUGCACAGUUUUAAACCUGCACCUGGUAGGAAAGGCCAGUCCUGAAUGCGGGAACAGCUCUGCACUGGAGAGCGGUGGGCUUGUCCAGGGGCCCGUCCUGGCAGGCCCCCGGUGCGCUGGGUUGCUCCCUGACAAAGGCCCGGGCAGCCCCUCCGCACCUUGUCAGCGGUAGUGGCCGGCAGGCAGAGCAGGCGUUUGCCAUUCCCGUGGAGAGCAUGCGGGGGGAUUGAAGGGGCCGCUCCUGCACACAGCUGCGUGGUGCUGAGGGGAGCCCAGAAGAGGCUCCUGCAGGGCUCUUGGGCCCCAGGAGUGCCGCCUGCUUGAGUGGGCAGGUUCCAGAGGCCUGGUGUGUGUGGCCCUGUGUGAGCACCGUUCUUGCCACCCGCUUCUCUUCUCCCCCUGCUCCAGGCCUGUGCCAGAAGUUCACCGGGCUGCUGGACAGCUGGUGGCUUCUCUCUUAGCAAUAACGACUCAGGUGUUAAGCAUUUCGGUCCAGCAGGCCCUCGUCUGAGAGGGGACUGCUCCGUGUGCUGAGUUUUGUCAUGCCUGCAAGGCCUCUGUGCUUUUGGCCGCAGGCAGCGAGUGGGAGCGGUUCCAGACAAACCAAGCUGAUGUGGUAGAGAAAGGCAAGGAGGUCCUGGAAGUAAAACAAGGCUGGAUUAACACCGAGGCGCUUUUUGCUGCAUUCUUGACCAAGUCUGUGCUCAUGCACAGUGGUUCAGAGCAUGAGCUAUGAGUCCGAAGUCCCCAGUACAAAUCGCAGCUGAGCUGCAAGCUCGCUGGUUGGUCGUCUUUGGUGAGCUGCGCGCUCGCGCGCUCUCUCUCUCUCUCUCUCUCUCUCUCUCUCUCUCCCUCCUCGGGGCUCCCCAACCCUCCACAGCUCUCUAAUAUGAGAAUAACGACCAUCCUACCUUACAGGGUUGUUGUAAGGAUUGUUGAAUAAUGUAUGUGAGGUGCUUUGAACAGUUUGGAAAAGCGCUUUAUAAAUACUAAGUAUUAUAAUUA